GGCGCUCCGAUUAGUUGGUACAUUAGAGCGCUGAGAAUGAAUUGUGACGGCUUUUUCGAGUUGGAGAAAAGUCGGAUAGAUUACCGCAGUUACAGGUAUAUCGAAUUGGACAAUGGACUGAGGGCUAUAUUAGUGUCCAACCUAAAGCCUGGGGAGGAAGCACCCAAUGACUCUUUGUCGGAUUCAGAUCUUGAAAGUAAUAAUUCGGAAAGCCUGGAAGACGAAGAUGUUUAUAUUGAAGAAAACCCUAUCAGUGACCAGGAGGCGAAGUCUGCUGCUGCAUUGUGCAUUAAAGUGGGAAGUUUCUCAGAUCCAGUAGAAGCUCAGGGCUUAUCACAUUUUUUGGAGCAUAUGGUAUUUAUGGGUAGUUUAAAAUAUCCAACAGAGAAUGAUUUUGAUGCAUAUCUUAGCCAGCGUGGUGGAACUAAUAAUGCUUGGACAGGCAAUGAAUACACUUUAUUUCAUUUCGAUGUAAAACGUAAACAUUUUGCUAGUUGCCUUGAUAAAUUUGCCAACUUUUUCAUUUCACCACUUUUAAGCAAAGAUAGCACAGAUCGUGAGAUAAAUGCAGUUAAUAGCGAAUUCGAACUGGCAUACACCAAGGAUUCUUCACGACUCCACUAUUUAAUUGGUCAUUUGUCUCGUAAAGAUUCUCCCUACAAACUGUUCGGUUAUGGCAAUUGUAAAUCGCUACGUGAAAUCCCGGAACAAAAUGGUACUGAUAUUUAUUCACUUUUAAAUAAACAUCGAAAGAAUUUUUAUUCUUCUGAUCGAAUGACACUUGCUGUACAGUCGAAACAUCAUUUAGACGAUCUGGAAGUAUUGGUACGAAAAAUUUUCUCUGAUAUACCAAGAAUUGGACUACCUGUGACAAACUUUAAAUGUGUUGAACCUUUCGAUAUUAAUUCAUUUGCUAAAUUAUACAAAGUUUGUCCUUUGAGUGUAAAAGAGAAAAUACGUAUUGUUUGGAUUCUUCCUCCACAAAUCAAUCAUUAUGAAUCAUCUCCAAUGGAAGUAUUAUCUUCUCUUAUUGGUCAUGAAGGUAGAGGAAGUGUAUUGGCCUUACUUAAAAAAGAAAAUCUUGCCGUUUCACUUAGCGCGGGCGUUACUUGUACAUCAGAUUUUGAUAAUUCUAGUUUAUGUACAAUUUUUAUGGUUAAUAUUCAACUUACUGAUUAUGGUCGUGAUCAUAUUUUUCAAGUUUGUGGAAUAUUAUUUGAUUAUAUAAAAAUUCUACUGUACUCAGCGUUAAAUUCAACAUCGAUAUCUUUAAUGAAUGGUGGUUUAGAAGGUAAUAAUAAUGGUGAACGCGUCCAUACAAAUCACUGUCAUAAACAUACUUUCGCUACAUAUCUACCAGAAUAUCAAAUGGUUAAAACAGCUAAUUUUCUAUAUACAGAACCGGAAGAAGCUGAAGAUACAGUGGUUAAUCUAGCCAAUAUGUUACAUCUUGUUAAAUGUGAACAUGUUUAUUCUGGUUAUAGGCUAUUAAAAAAGCCAAAUAUAGAAUUGUACAUUGACCUAUUGAAAUUGAUGACACCAAAUCGUGCAGCUAUAUUCUUUCUGUCAUCAACGUUUGCAUCUUCAGUGAAAGAUGAUGAGUCAAGAUUAGAACAUGAACCAUGGUUUAAUGUAGCUUAUCAAAAAGAAGAUAUACCCGAACAUAUUAUGAACGGAUGGAUCCAUUCAAAACCAGACGACGAAAAAUUACAUCUUCCAUAUGAAAAUAAAUUUUUGACGACGGAUUUUAGUUUAUUGGAUUCAAAAACUGAUAUGAAGCAACCUGUGGAUUUAAACUUGGAACCUGGUGCAGAAUCACGUCUAAAAUAUGGUCAUUUAUGGUUUCAACAAAGUACUCGUUUCAAAUGUCCUAAAGCUUCUGUAAUGAUCCAUCUUUGGUCGGAUAUUGUAUCAAGAACAAAAGAAACCAUGGCAUUGCAUACAUUGAUGGUCUAUGGUUUAAAUCAAUCAUUGAGUACAAUCACCUAUGAAGCUGGUGAAGCAGAUCUAGUACAAGAUGUAGCAUUUCGUGAUAAUGGCUUGCGUAUUUGUGUUAGCGGUUUUAAUGAAAAAUUGUUUUGUUUUUAUUCAACUAUACUUGAUCAUAUAUUGGAUCAAACACAAGAUUUAUCUAAAGAGUAUUUCGAAUCAUAUCGUGAUGCUGUACUUCAAAUUUAUUAUAAUGAAGCACUUAAACCAAAUGUACUCAAUACUCAUCUUCAAUUUUAUCUUCUUCGUAAAGAAGCUUAUCUAAUUACAGAUUUAUUGAGUGCACUGAAAAAUUUGUCAGUAGCUGAUGUCGCUGCGUAUAAACAACAAUUUUUGUCCACUUUACAUAUUACUAUUUAUGCUUAUGGUAAUAUAACAAGACAGGAUGCCAUUUCUUUCUUUGAUUAUACAGUGGAGAAGAUUCGACCUAUCCCUAGAUCCACAAGAAAGUUGAUUGAUACCUCAAUCUUAGAUCCAGGUACAUAUUAUCUACGUGUUAUGAAUUGUAAUCCAAACGAUGUAAAUAUGUGUCUAGCUAGAAUACAUUUACUUGGUGAAUCCGAUAUUAAACAACAAUGCUAUAAUAAACUAUUGGCAUUUAUAUUAUCUGAACCGGCUUUUGAUUAUCUGCGUACUAAAGAAACUUUAGGAUAUACUGUUUAUCUCCGAUAUUGGCGAUCAUCUCCUGGUGGUACAUUACAUUCAGGUAUCAGUUUAGUAGCAUAUAGUCCAGCUAAUAAAUAUUCCAUUGAUUAUGUCGCUGGAAGAUUGACUGCUUUCUGGCGUCGAAUAGCUCCAAGGAUUAUUGCUGCUAUGCCAUCGGAAACGUUUAAAACGUCAGUAGAAUCAUUGAUAUCUGUGCAUCAAUUAGAAGAUCCUAAUAUGAUGACAGAAUUUGAAAGAAAUUGGGAUGAAAUUAUGGAAAGUACAGCGAAUUUUAAUUAUCGUGAAGAAUGUGUGAAAAUUUUGUCAACUAUUACCCAAGAAAGUUUAUUGAAUUUCUUCUUAACAGAAUAUUUGGAUGUUAAAAAACAACGUUCUUUAUUUGUACAGCUGACCUUUAAAUUCACUUCAUUUUUAGAAUUGAUCAGAGGAUCCAUUAUUAUUAUUGUUAUUACUAUUGUUACACUUCAUGUUGAGUGUUUUAUCUAUUUUCCAAGUUGAUGCAAUUGCCAAUCCAGAAUUGACCAAAACUACUGUCUCCAAUUCUUAUUGUUUAGAUUUUGAUACGAUUGACACAAAUUGGGAAACAUUGAAAAAUGAAUAUACAAGUAUAAACAGUAUUGAUAUAACCAACGCUUUGAUGACAUGCGGUUAUGAUGAAAAACAAGCGAUGGAUUUUAUGAUGAAAUCGUAUUCUAAUAAUAAUGGUAAUACAAUUGAUAGCAGUCUACUAUUAAAGCAUGGAGAAAAUGAAGCGAAUGAGCAAAAGGCUAUGGUUUUCAUAAAUAAUUUGUUUAAAUUCCGUUCAACUAUUCAAUAUCAAACUGGUCGAAACGUUUAAUAAUAAUUGUUGUCAUUGUAGCAUUCUUUCUCCAAAAAAAAGAGAACAAAUUUUGACUUAAGAUGUUGUAAUGUAUAACAUUUUCUUCAUAUUUGAGAAACGUACAUAAUCCAUUUUCUUUGCUUUAUCAACACAGUGAUAAUUCACGCUUCCUACGUCUACAUGAUGUGAUUACAAUUAACUUGGUAUUUAUGUAUCUGUGUGUUAGGGGCGCCAGGGUGAUUAAUUCGAAUUUCGCUAUAUUUAAUAGGCUUGUAUUGGUAGUUGUUUUUUUAUUCCUCAUCUUUGUACUAAACCUAUUUGCUGUUCUUGUCUUUUCGUUUAUAUUUGUACAUAUGUUCAUGCGUACUACUGUACCGUUGAUGAAUAUAUUAAUUCGAUAGGCAAAUAUAUGCAUACAUUUGAC